UAUUACACGUACACAUUUUUUAAAAUCUUUUCGAAGACACGAAGAAAUGUCCCUGAAGAAACCGCCACCACCCACCGCCGUAAAAGCCCUCCGCCACCGCCUCCCCUCCCCACAACCCCCGCACCACCUCCCCCCACCCCCGGCCCCGCCACCAGAAACCUCCCUGGCCCCACUCCCAGCUCUCCCCAUCUCAACAACCCUAACAGAAUUAACAACCUUCCUCAACAACCACCUCACGCCCUCCUUCACUCCCAACCAACUCCUCCACUUGUUCAAAUCCAAGCUCCACCGCCACCCCAAAUUCACCCACCUCGAUUUCCACGUCUUCAAUUACGCCGCCUCUAUCGACUCCUUCCGCCACGAUCACUCCACGUUCGAGUGGAUCAUUCGAGCCCUCGCCAUCACUCACCGCUUCGAUUAUUUAAAACUAGGCAUAGAAUUUAUGGUCGCUAAUCCUUGUCCCUGUUCUGAUGGGAUUUUCUGUUGCCCCAGAAUUGAGCCGAUUUUUCGGUUUGCGAUUAAUGCUUAUUGUAGUGUGGGGAGAUUGGAUGAUGCGGUUAAGAUGUUUGAUUGUAUGUGUAGGUUGAUUGAUGGGAAGGCUGAUGUGGCAAUGUAUAAUAUUGUGAUUCAUGGGUUUGUGAAGAUUAGGGAGUUUGAGAAGGGUGUGAGGUUUUACGAGAGGAUGGUUAAGGAUCGGGUUAGGCCGGAUGUGAUUACGUUUAAUGUGUUGAUCAGUGGAUAUUGUAGGAAUGGGAGGUUUGAUUUGGCGUUGGGGGUGUUUAGGGAGAUGAAGGAUAAGGGGUGUGUGCCGAAUGUGGUUAGUUUUAAUACUUUGAUUAAGGGGUUUUUCAGGGAGGGGAAGUUUGAGGAAGGCGUGGGAAUGGCGUAUGAGAUGGUUGAGUUGGGGUGUGAGUUUUCGGUUGUGACUAGUGAGAUUUUGGUUGAUGGGUUGUGUCGACAAGGAAGGUUUUUAGAGGCUUGUGAUUUGUUGAUGGAUUUUUCAAGGAAAGGAGUUAUGCCUAGUGGAUUUGAUUGUUUUGAGCUCAUUGAUAGACUUUGUGGAGAAGGGGAAUUGGGCAGAGCAAUGGAGGUGGUUAAUGAGCUAUGGGGAAAUGGGAAUGCUCCGAGUACCAUUACUUGUACCACUUUAAUUGAAGGCUUGCGAUCAUCGGGAAGGGUUGAAGAGGCGGUCGAAUUGUUGGACAGAAUGCUGAGAGAUGACAUUGUACCUGAUAGUGUGACAUAUAACUGUGUUUUACAAGAUAUGUGUGGUUCAGGGAAAACUGUGUUUGCAAAUAAAUUGAGGUUAUUGGCUUCCAAAAAAGGAUUACACCCGGACAGUGUCACCUAUAACAUUUUAGUUUCUGGAUAUACACGGGAAGGGAGGAGAAAGGAAGGGGAAGCUCUCAUAGAAGAAAUGUUGGAUGAAGAUUUUAUCCCUGGCAUUGCCACUUAUAAUAGGUUAAGGGCUGGACUUGCUAAGAGGAAUGCUCACCAAUGACAAUGGCUGUUGAUUAUUGGCAAAGAUGGCUAUUUCCAUGAGCAUAAUACUCGUUGAAUAGUUGAAAUUCUGGCGGCUAUAUAUAUGUGCUGUUGCAACACGACCUAUAAGUUUAUAUUGGGAAUAUACGUAUAUAGGUGUCAAGAAUUUACUGAAAGAAUGUCAAGCUAUGUACAUAUGUAUUGUCAAAAGUUCUAUGGAAUAAGGUGGCUUGAUUCCUGCAUAAGUUCUAUUCCGGAUUUGAUGAUGUGCAGCAUAAUGAUUCUGAAGGGAAUAGUUGGGUAAUGGAAAAGAGAUAUCAUAACUUAUGAGAUUUGCUGCUGUGAAAGAUUAGGCGAGUCUCCUCAAGUGCUAUUCCCCUAGGUCAAGGUUUGUCCGUCGACUGGUGAUUGGACUCAACUGCUGCAUUAUUAUGGUAGAAUGGUGCUGCAUGAUACCGAUCCAUUCAACUGCCGCAGUUACAGAAGCAAAUAGCUAGCUUAGAGAAAUGAAGUAGAAUGUCAUAUUUGAUGAGGUCUUCUCAGAAUCUGAUGAAUGGUAAAUUAUACGAUUGGAAAACCACAGUCUGCUUAAGGAUCAACCAGCUGAUAGUAUCCAACCUCAGAACCCUACAAACAAUAUAUGCAAUACUUAUGAAUCAUACAUUUACAGUAAUUUGUACACACAUUUUACAUUUACAAAGACUGAAAGACAUGCAACGUGGAAAAGAUCUAAGGAACUAGGAAGACCUACUUGACUGUUCCCCGAGUUGCACAAGCAUUGGAAGUUUGGAACAAAUCUUCCCUGCAUCCACGUUCUUCUUGAUCUUCUUCAAUAGUCUUCCUUUUCAAGGUGUCUCUCAGAGUCUACUUGCUUUUUUUGUCCUCUUCACAUUUAAAAUAUUUUUUUUAUCAAGUUUUUCAGAAACUAGCUUGCAAUCAAAGUCAAAGGAAUUUCUCACCUUACA